CUCUGAUAAAAAAGAUCAGACACAGAAAAAAAGUAUCACCUGACGUGACAGAGCCAGAACUGUGCCAAUAACUGUGUGAACUCAAGAGGGAAAUAUGGCAACAGCACCUCCAGGCUGGUUGUUUUUAAGACUGAAGACCUAAGACUGAUCUGAAGGUUGGCGGAUCAAAUCCCGCUCUCAACAUAAACAUCACAGGUUGAGUGGUCAGAUCCACUGACCCACAGGUUGCUGGUGUGAUUCCAGCUCCCACAGAUGAAUGCUGUCGUUGUGUCCUUGGGCAAGACACUUAACCCACCUUGCCCACAGUGUCUGCGUACACUGGUGUGUGAAUGUGUGUGUGAAUGGUGUCAAGAUGUUGAUAAAACUACGGCUAAGCACCUUUUUCCCCAUUGCCGCACUAUUACUCUUCAUUUUGUUUUGUGUCCAGAUGAAUAACAGUAACUACUAUGAGAACUUAAAUAGCUACAGUGAAAAUGUGAUGGAAGAGGAGAUUGUGUAUAAGAGGGUUAUAAGGAGUUGGCCAAAAUGUGAACAAAACAAGUCUGCAGUUAUCAUACAAGGCUUUAGCAGUCUCCCAGAGCACAUUCAAAACUUCCUUUACUAUCGCCAUUGUCGGCACUUCCCCAUGCUCCUGGAUAUUCCUGGCAAAUGUGGCGGACCUGAAAAAUCCUCUGAAGUUUUUCUCUUGUUGGUGAUCAAAAGCUCACCUGGGAAUUACGAACGGAGAGAGGUGCUGCGCAAAACAUGGGCCAAAGAGAGGCAGCACGACGGUUUAUGGAUACGAAGAGUGUUUAUUUCUGGUACAUCAGGGGGUGGUAAAGACAAAGUGAAACUAAACAAGCUUCUAAGAGCGGAGCAAAAGGAGAACAGUGAUAUCCUGCAGUGGAAUUUCGAAGAGUCCCUUUUUAACCUGACUUUGAAACAGAUUUUGUUUUUGGAAUGGAUGGAGAAAAAUUGCCCCAAAGUCCGCUUCCUGCUUAAUGGUGAUGAUGACGUCUUCGCCAACACAGACGGCAUGGUUGAGUAUCUCCGAGACAUCCCUGGAAAUAACGGGAGCAGUCAUCUUUACACUGGGUUUGUUUUUGAAAAUACUGGACCAGUUCGAAAUAAAAAAAGCAAAUACUACAUUCCAGAGCAGAUCCAAAAGUCUGCUAAAUACGAACCUUACUGCGGAGGAGGAGGCUACUUACUUUCAGGUUACACAACUAUGAUCAUUUACAACAUGUCCAAGUCCAUUGAAGUUCACCCUAUUGACGAUGUGUAUAUUGGUAUGUGUGUUGUGAAGGCGGGGUAUUUGCCUACACAUCACAUAGGGGUGAAAACACUAGGAUUGGUGCUAUCAAACAACCAGAAAAUAGAUGAACAAGAUCCCUGCCACCUUAAAGGCCUGCUGCUGGUGCACAGAUAUUUACCUGCUCAAAUGUUCCUCAUGUGGCACAAAAUAAAUGACCCUCAACUCAGAUGCGGCGUGCAGUUUUGGGAAGACUUUUAAAAUAGAGAAAUUAGAAUUUAAAGGGCCUAUAUUACACUGUUUUUGUAUCUAUGUUGUAAUGUUGUUCCCUCAUCAAAAACAUACCUGGAGUUGUGUUUUGUUUCAUUCACUCAACACACAAAUCCUGCAUAUUUAGGCUGAGUUCUUCUCUCAAACACUCUGAUCCACUUUGUGAUGUCAUGUGGUAACACAGGAGCUGCUCCAGUGUGCAUUUAAACAUACACCCUCACUAGAAUACUUUGGAUAAUGUCAGCCCUGGAAUUUCUGAUCUCUACUUAACAAAAGGUAAAAGGUAACUAUUAACUUGAAAAGUACCACUUCAUGACAUAACAAGGUGGAACGGAGCAAUAGAGACAAACUAAUGCUAAAGGGUUACUCAAACAUGUGUGAAUGAAACAAAACACAUCUCCAGGUAUGUUUUCAAGGAGGUAACAGCAUUAUAAUAUGGCUUAAAACUCACAAGUGUACAUUUUUCCAUAAUAUAGGCCCAUUAACAAUUUAAAAUUGAAUAUUAUACUUGAAACAGGAAAACUCCUCAGAAUGUUCCACAUAACCGAAAGCUGAAUCUCACAAACAGGAAGAAUUUUUAAUUCUUUGGACCGUGAAAGAAGAGAAGCACUUUGCUGUUUACAGUAUAAUCAGUGGAUGCAAUUGUCGUCCUACUAUAUGCCUUACUUUUAUGUGUGGGUGUGUCACGAAAAAGUGAUCCAUGCUUUCGUGACAUCACGCCUGGACUAUUGUAAUUCUUUAUAUGUAGGGUUAGACCAGGGCUCCCUGCAACGCAUACAACACGUCCAGAACGCUGCAGCUCGUCUGCUGACAAAUACUAAAAAAUGUGAACACAUCACACCUCUUCUGUGUGACCUGCACUGGCUCCCUGUCCUAUACCGGGUGCAAUUUCAAAUGUUGUUAAUUGUUUUCAAAUGUCUGCACUCCUUGGGUCCAGUCUACUUGAGGGAGUUACUGCAGCCCUAUACUCCCCCCAGACCCUGAGAUCAGCCGACCAGCUCCUGUUGGUCGAGCCCAAAACUCGUCUCAAGACAAGAGGUGACAGAGCUUUUUCUGUGGCAGCGCCCAGACUAUGGAAUUGCCUUCCUCUUGCUGUCAGAUCCUCUCAGUCUGUAACGCAGUUUAAGACAAGACUGAAAACUCACCUCUUCUCCCUGGCAUUUAGUAUGAGCUAGUCAGGUUAUCUUGGUAGUUUUUAACAUGUUUUCUGUAUAUUUGUAUAUGUAACUGUUUCUUCUAUGCUGUUGCUGUUGACUUGUAUGUGAAGCACUUUGGUCAACUGAAGUUGUUUUAAAUGUGCUAUAUAAAUAAAUUUGAAUUGAAUUGAAUUUGAAUUGAAUGUUGUCCACCAACUGUCCUCUACAGCACUUCCCCAUUGUCACUCUAAUGUGUUUCCAGUAUGAUCAGUUUACCUUUGAUAAUAAUCAGAAUAAUCCCAGGGUUUCUUCAACGGUCUAUAUUAUGUUUUUUUGUUGUUUGUUGUUUUGUAUGUUAUAAUGCUGUUUCCUCAUCAAAACAGUACCUGAAGUAGUCUUUUGUUUCAUGAACAUAUUAAGCACAGAAACAGAAACCAUUCUAUUCCACCUUGUGAUGCUAUGUGGUAAUACUGGAAGUGCCACACUGUGGUGUUAAACUCUAUACACUUCACUAGACUCAUUUGGAUCAUUUCAGCGAUGGAUGGAACAAAACAUUUUGAGCUUUGGAGAUGUAGAUAGACUAAUAAUAAAGGGUUACUCAAGCAUGUGUGAAUGAAGUAAAACACAACUCCAAGUAUGCUUUUGAUGAGAUAACAUUAUAACAUGGCUUAAAGCUCAUAAGAGUCAAUUUUGAAUAAUAUAGGACCUUUAAAUCUAACAAUAGAUCCUAUGAAUAUUUUGAAGUUAGAUAGAUCUGUUACAUGCUUGUAUAUUGCAGUUGUUAGUUGCUGUUGUAGACACUGGAGAAUGUUGAAGUAAAGGCAUAGGUCCAAUAAGCAAAUUCUGAUACAAGACCAAGUGAGCUUCUACAGGAUUCAUUUUACAUUACUUUUUAAGUAACUUUUUUUCCUCUUAACCAUAUUGUUUUUAGUUUGUGCACGGCUGUUCUGUGUACUGUGAAUACAGACUAUUUGUUGUGCUUAUAAUAGUAAUGUACUUUGAAUAUUUUGUAUUGAUACUAUUUAUUAACAUGUUUACAUUCUUGACAAUAAAAUUAAAUAAAAAUAAUAUAAAAGACAA